CACUUCAAGAUUUACUUGUACUUUUUGUAUGCGUUCACGAUUUUAUAAAACUCAACGUGGUCUUCAACGUCAUGAAACAAUAAAACACAAAGAACAUAAUAUACUACCUUCUUAUAUAUUACCAUUACCUGACUAUAAGCUUGAUCAUGUUAAAAAAGUUAUGGUCUGGAAAAUUCAGAAGCGUCUAAAAAAGCAUCAUCGUACUGUUGGAAAUCAGUUGUUGAAGUUUGUUGUGGAAGAGGCUGACCAAGGACUUAAUGUUAUGACCUCAG